AUGAGGAACAAAAGAUUUGAGCUGCUCCGCCACGGCGUCGCUUUCCUUUUCCUCCUCCUGCGCUGCGUCGACGGAGACGUGAGCUACUCUAUUCCGGAAGAGAUGAAACGUGGAUCCGUCAUUGGAAAUAUAGCCAAGGAUCUCGGACUUGAAGUGGGUAAAAUGUCCGUCCGCAAGGCCCGUAUCGAUGCUGAGGGGGACGGCGUCCAGUAUAGUGGUGUUAGCGUGAACACCGGGGACCUGGUUGUAGCUGAGCGCAUCGACAGAGAAGGGCUUUGUGCCAAGAAGGCGUCGUGUGUUAUCAGACAAGACCUGGUGCUGGAAAACCCGCUAGAGCUGCACCGGAUUACCAUCCGUGUUCAAGAUAUCAAUGACAACGCACCUCAGUUUAAGGAGGAUGUACUGAAAUUUGAAAUACAAGAAUCGGCCGUGAAAGGUGCACGUUUUAUUCUGGACGAGGCGCACGAUGGAGACAUCGCAGGGAAUGGAGUAAAGGGCUAUACGCUUCAGCAGAAUGAGUACUUUACGUUAAACGUAAAUGCAAAAGCCGGAGGACGAAAAUAUGGCGAACUAGUGUUGGAGAAAGAAUUAGACAGGGAGAAAGAACAAGAAAUUACGCUUUUACUUACAGCAAUAGAUGGUGGUGCCCCUCAGAGAUCGGGCACUGUACUGAUCCACAUCACUGUGCUGGAUGCCAAUGAUAAUGCCCCAGUGUUCAGCCAUUCUGUGUAUAGAGCCAGGAUACCUGAGACCUCCCCACUGGACACAGUAGUGCUGACAGUCAGUGCAGCCGAUGCAGACGAGGGCGUAAACGGGGAAAUUAUCUAUGGAUUUGACCAUGUUUCUGAUGAAAAUAGUAACGUUUUUACAAUAAAUCCCAGGACAGGGGAAGUUAGAGUGACUGGACCUAUUGAUUAUGAAAAAGAGUCGUCAUACGAAAUGCAGAUGAGCGCAAAAGAUGGUCCGGGAUUGGCUUCAUACGCAACGUUGAUAAUUGAGAUCACUGAUAUCAACGACAACGCUCCAGUGAUUUAUCUCAAAUCAAUAACUAAUUCAAUACCAGAGAACGUAUCACCUGGUACAGAGGUUGGUAUCAUUAAUGUGCAGGACAGAGACUCAGAGAAUAACCGACAAGUCCGCUGCUCCAUUCAACAAAACCUGCCUUUCAAGUUGGUUCCCUCCAUCAAAAACUAUUAUUCUCUGGUGACCACUGCUGAACUAGACCGCGAACUAGUGUCUGAUUACAACAUCACAAUCACUGCUACUGAUGAGGGCUCCCCUCCUCUUUCCUCCUCUAAAAGUAUUCAGUUAUCUGUAGCUGACGUCAACGACAACCCACCUGUGUUUGAGGAGCAGUCCUACAACGCCUACGUGACUGAAAACAACAAACCUGGAUCUACUUUAUGUUCCGUUAGUGCCCUAGACCCAGACUGGAGACAAAACGGUACAGUGAUUUAUUCUCUUUUACCUGGGGAGGUGAACGGUGCCCCGGUGUCCUCCUAUCUCUCCGUUAACGGAGACACGGGGCUGAUCCACGCUGUCAGGUCGUUGGAUUAUGAGCAGUUCAGGAGCUUCAAAGUUCACGUGAUGGCGCGAGACAACGGUUCUCCUCCACUCAGCAGCAACGUGACCGUCAGUGUCUUCAUAACGGAUGUGAAUGACAACUCUCCUCAGAUACUUUACCCCGCCCCGGAGGGACACUCCUUCAUGACUGAACUCGUCCCCAAAGCAGCUCACGGGGGCUCUCUGGUGUCCAAGGUGAUAGCGGUGGAUGCAGACUCCGGACAGAACGCCUGGCUGUCCUAUAUUAUAGUCAAAUCCACUGAUCCGGGACUUUUCACUAUUGGUCUCCACAGUGGAGAGAUCAGGACACAGCGGGACAUUUCUGAAUCUGACAACAUGAAACAGAAUCUUAUUGUGGCAGUGAAAGAUAACGGACAGCCCUCUCUGUCUGCCACCUGCUCCAUGUAUUUACUGAUUUCUGAUAACUUGGCUGAAGUGCCAGAACUGAAAGACAUGUCUUAUGAUGAGACUAACUCCAAACUGACCUCUUAUCUGAUCAUCGCGCUGGUGUCAGUCUCCACCUUUUUCCUGACCUUCAUUAUUGUCAUCCUGGGUGUGAGGUUUUGUCGCAGGAGAAAACCCAGACUGUUGUUUGAUGGAGCCGUGGCCAUCCCCAGUGCUUAUCUGCCUCCUAAUUACGCAGAAGUUGACGGAACAGGAACUUUACGCAGCACUUACAAUUAUGACGCGUAUCUGACAACGGGCUCUAGAACCAGUGACUUCAAGUUUGUGAGAUCUUACAAUGACAACACACUGCCUGCAAACCAGACUCUGAAGAAAAGUCCAUCAGAUCUUGCCGAGGUAUUUGGAAACUUUGACGACUCUCCUGAGGGAGAGCUGUGUUGUCUCCUACUCUGCUCUAUGCUGGACUGCUACAGCAGGUAG